GGCGAUUGACGCGCUGAUCGACGUCGAGGACUUUGGCGCAGAGGACGACUCUACCCUGGCAAAACGAGCCUUCAGCAACGAGACAGCAAACGGACAUGAUACGAGAUCUUCUGAUAAACGAGGUAAUCCCACGGCACAGAGCGCCUUUUUCGAACAGGCCCGCAGCCCGUCUCAUCUUCAAUGGAUCUCCCAGGUCUCGCGGUAUACUGAACCCAUAGGCAACUACUACAGCUUCAACGACCUAAUCUAUAAUGACCCAGACUUCACCAUAGGUGAUGCACCCAUUAUCAUGUGGUGGACACGGGGUUCUAGAAUGAUCACCCGGACUUUGCGGAUCGUCUCAUCGCCCAACUGGCAGUGGACUAUACGGGCGAGAACCUCAUUCCCCAGACAACCGCCCCAGGCAGCCACGGAACUGCAUGGUCUCUGUAGCAGCGGGAUCCUACAGCGGCAUAGGCAAGAACGCUCGGAUCGUUACCGCGCAGUUGCAGGUGUCCAUCCGGGGCAUCAUCCAUCAGACGCGAGUCUCUCGGGUCUUCUUCCUACUAAUGCAAAUCUACUACCACGUGCAGGCGAACAACGGCCGUGGCAAGGCUUCAUCUCCAUGUCUUUUGGUGUGCUCAAGGCGUCGCUGAGAUGGCAGGCCACGAAUCCCAAUUCGCGAAAUGUCUGUGACACCAUCUUCGACUGGUACUGGUCGAGUGGGAUAGCGACCGUAGCCAGCGCAGGGAACGACGAGUCCUCGGACCACGCCCCAGCCUACAAGGACCUUUCAUCCAAUCUCCCGCGCGGCGCAGGCGGAGCCAACACCAACCUCAUUGUCGUCGGAAACAGCCAGUGGGAUACGACGCGGUACCCAUCCUCCAACUAUCGCGACACGGGCGGUCUAGGGAUUCUCUCGCUCUACAACCUCGGAAUGGGCGUCGAGUGUGGCGUCCUAGGGAGCGCCUGGGCUGUGGGCCCGCCAGGGUCCUCCCAGGCAACUGCCAUCACCGCGGGCAUGGUCGCGUAUUACCUACACCAGCCGGAGCUGUAUGCGGACUGGACUAUCGGUGGGGCGUCGAACGUGCCGUGGAAAGUAAAGCAGUACCUGCUUAGCACUGCGAGGCAAUACAUGGGCUCCGAUUUCGGCGGGGACAGUACGCCUCGUGCGGCGUUGGGCGAGACGGUGCCCUGUGCAGGAGAGGAUCAAGGGCUUUCAACAACGCAGGUCACAGAUUGGAGCGAGGUUGUCAUAAGUCCUCUGGUAAGCUGUUUGAUUUUCUAUUGUGGGAUUCAAAUAUGACGUGGGUCUUUAGCCUGUCUGUUGGGAUCUGAAUUAGGUACAAGUCACCUGAGGGAGGCCCUGGAAUGGGAACAGAGAAUCGAAAUGCCGGUUUGGAGCACAGGGUGUGUGGGGCUAUGUAAGGUAAAAUCUGGCCUGCAAGGCAUCUGCUUAAGGGCCAUCAGGUAGAACUACCAAUUAUCAGCGCAGGGAUGAAUCCAGGGAACCUGUGUGGGAAGGGCAGCAGCAGCUCCUGGUGUACACGUGGAGUGCUUGAUAGGUAACCUCAUUCAAUACGGUCAAUCUUAUGAUAUAGCCUCGUCACAAUGUCCCACAGAAUAAGAGUAUACUGCCG